CGUUUAAGCAUAAAUAUGCUCGGCUCAAUUUCAGAUCUCAAAGUGCUCCAAAAAUGGAUUUCGACUUCUCAUUAUCCUUCAUUACUAUCAUUUCCUUCUUUUUUCUAGCAAUGUUUUUUAGAGUAAUUACCCGACCCAAACCCGAUUCGAAUACAAAUCUUCCUCCGGGGCCGAGGAAGCUGCCGAUGAUCGGGAACUUGCAUCAGCUGAUCGCAAGUUCAAAACUGCCACACCAAGUGUUGAGUGACUUGGCCAAAAAAUAUGGACCGGUGAUGCACUUGCAGCUCGGAGAAAUUAGCGCCGUAGUGAUUUCUUCGCCGGAAGCCGCGAAAGAAAUCUUGAAGACGCAUGAACUCAAAUUUUUUAACAGACCGGUAACCAUAGCGUCCGAGAUUGUACUUUACAACCACAACGAUUUGAUCAUGUCGCCAUACGGCGAAUACUGGAGACAGAUGCGCAAAUUCUUCACCGUGGAGCUGCUGAGCGCGAAACGAGUCCAAUCAUUUCGCGCUUUAAGAGAACAAGAGUUUACGAAUUUGUGCGAAUGGAUCGCGUCUAAAGAAGGUUUGUCGAUCAACUUGACAGAGAAGAUCGAAUUCGCUACUUGUGAUAUUGUUAUGCAGGCGUCGCUUGGCGAAAAGACCGAAGAACUAAGCAAGUUCACACACAUAGCGAACGAGAGCGCCGAGCUUUCUUCUGGAUUCAAUAUGCUUGCGGAUUUCUAUCCUUCGAUCGGAUUUUUUCGACAAUUCAGUCCAAUAAAAUGGAAGUUAGAGAAGCAGCACAAAGCCGCGGACAGGAUACUCGAAAAGAUUAUCAAUGAACACCGAUCAUCGACAAAGGAUGAGCGUAAGCGUAAACAACACGAAGACUUCGCGGAGGAUCUUCUCAAGUUUAAUGAUUCGGGAAACCAAAUACAGAUUACGGACACCAAUAUAAAAGCAGUCUUGAUGAAUGUUUUUACUGCCGGGAUUGAAACAUCCUCGAUGACUACGAAUUGGAUUAUGGUCGACAUGCUGAGGAAUCCGAGGGUGUUUAAGAAGGCGCAAGACGAGGUAAGAAUGGUUUUCAAGGACAAGGGAUUUGUCGACGAGUCUUGUUUCGACGAGCUCAAGUAUCUAAAGUUAGUCGUAAAAGAGGGUCUAAGGCUCCAUCCGGGGCUAUCGAUACUCUUUCCUCGAGAAAGCACGGAGGAGUGUGAAGUCUUCGGAUACAAAAUACCUCCGAAAACUCGAGUCUUGGUGAAUGCAUGGGCGAUUGGAAAAGAUCCCAAGUACUGGAAAGAACCCGAUAGUUUUAUCCCGGAGAGAUUUCUUGAUAAUUCGGUCGACUACAAAGUGAACAACUUCGAAUACCUUCCCUUCGGUGCCGGAAGAAGGGUUUGCCCCGGAAUAUCAUUUGGCCUCGCUAAUAUCGAGCUUGCUUUGGCGAUGUUUCUCUACCACUUCGAUUGGGAUUUGCCCGAUGGAAUGAAACCCGAAGAUUUGGACAUGGCCGAAAAGGCGGGCGCUACAAUAAAAAGAAAAGAACCAUUGUAUGUGAUUCCGAGAGUGAAGAUACCUUUACGCAGCCGCGUAGUAGUAACCACAUAGCGAACUAUUCUUUCGCGCUUUACUAAAGAGAGCGAAGAUAGCUUUGCCAACAAAACAAGACUGAUGGAUAUCUCAUGUUCGACCAGUUAUAUAUAUAUAUAUAUAUAUGUAUUUUCUGUAAAAAUAACAUCCCCUACGUCUUGUUCUUAAUGAUUUUGGUACUUUUUGUUAUGAAAAAUAAAACAACUUUGGUAGAUUA